UUUCAACCUCUUUUUUUUUUUAAUAAUACUUAUUGUUAACCUGACAGAUUUCAGAGUACUUUGCUUUCGUUGAUGCAAUUCAACGACCUUUAUCAUCGACGCCAACGAGUGACUUCGUAUGGACAGUCCGAGCAUACGACAUCUGAAGGCUGCGGUUGGCACCUGCCAAAGAUCGAUAAUAUUGCCGCUGUAAAUUCGCAUAGUCCAGAGCAUAAGGAAUCAAACAUUGAUCAAAGUCAUUGGUAUGUCUGCGCUUGGCCACACUGUUGGGCUGCUAUCAUACGAUCGUACGCUUGUCUUUCACGUCAGCGACGUCGACAAAGACUUAAUGCAGGUUUUCACCGUCGGAGUCGAAUGUCGCUGGAUUCGGCGCCUCCGAAACCCACUUCACGCCUACUUACUCACAGCUCCUCGCCUAUAAGCUGGAAAACAUGUUCCCUACCACAGGUUCCUCGGAGAGCACAGGCUACUCGUAAAAACCACCUCCUCAAGUGUCAUAUUCAUUAUUAUAAGCCCUCUGGCGGAAGCCAGCAUAAUGAUUCUCUUGGUCCCACUUCAGAGUGUGAUCUCGACAGCAUGGACGACAUGAAUGACGAUCGUAGGUCGAUAUCAAGCAAGGGCCCACUAUCGACUAUAGUAAACAUGUAUAAGAGUACUUCUCAUCUUCAACCGAUGGAAUUGGUCACUGCCUCGUCACUGGACCACAUCGGCCAAGUAGAAUAUGUUGGCCCGCUCUCUAUGGAACUAUGGGUACCGCCCAUCAAUUCCAAAACACUCCAUGAACUUAAGGUCCCGGAUAUUUUCAAUAAUGCUCAGUUUCGCCACGAUGUGAUAUUUGAUCCCAAUCUCACAUUUCGGGCCAAUUUGGAUGGCAAGAGUGGAAAAUUGAAGCGAAGACGAGCUGAAAAAUAUUGGCGCAUGGUCGAACUGGCGGUGAAUACAGAUAGGAUCUACAAGAAUUCACCUACUCGCUAUGAAUAUCUUCGGGUCAUCAUCAAUGAACUGGUGGAUAUCUUGUCGUCCCUUGUUCCGCAUAUUGCUAUUGCUGGCAUGCCCCAGUCAAGCCACAACCCAUCUCAUAUUCGAAAAGUCCUCGAUUGUGAGCUAAUCAUUCAGCAGCUGAAGCACGACGUAUUGGAUGUAGAAGAGAUAUCCAAUUUCCUAUUUAAAACGUUCUCUUCUGCUUGCUUUCCAUCACGGUUACCUCUCGUUUUAUAUUUGCAAGUGCUUUUCUCAAGUCAACAUUAUGGUAAAGCCAUCAAGCAAUGCUUCACCAUUGCUGAAGUUAUAAAACUUGACAUCGCAAAUCAAGCGCUGAGGCAAUACCGUGUUUUUUUGGUAGAAACCUGUGUAGAUUAUGAGCUCAGACACUUUUUACGCCUACACGCAAACAAUCAAAUGCGACUUUUUUCCAUUCUGGACUGGUUAAAGGAGGCAUGGAAUCGGGAUGGCAAAGAAAAGUCGUUCUUAAAAAUAUACCACAGUGUCAGACUUGUCACGGACGACGACGAAACAAAGACGGCGUUGGGUGUGCGUCACACUCUGUUCCCAACCACAUUUAGUUUGGACGAAUAUCGGAUGACCAACCAAUUUCGAAAUGAAUACCAAAAUAUCAUUGUCAUGGCUAUUUUAUUGUUGCCCUUCCAUCAGUUAGCUGGAAAGUACGCUACUAGGAAGGAUUUACUGGACUUGAAAGUCACACUCAAGGUUUUACUCAAGAAGGUCAUUGAAGUUAGUAGCCGUCACCCCAUGACGGAUAGAGUAUCCAGCUUUGACUUGAUCUUGGAGGUGUGUUCAACAGCAAUUCGCAUACGGCAUCAACGCCAACCAAAUCUCACCAUGCCGGAGGACACCAUUACGUUAAAAACCGCGCGGUUUUGGUGUCAAUGGUUGGGACAAAAUCUACGACCGUCGUCUUCUAUUUAUUGUCUCAUGUAUCACCGAAUAGGUAAACUCCUUACCGAACUUUCACAAUCUCGCCGCGUCGAUGACUCUGAAUUUGAGGCACUGGGUUUACAUGGCUUAGAAGAUGAUAUCCGCCAAUUGGGAGGAAAGAUAGCCUUAGUAGCUGAUAUCAAUCUUCGAACCUUUCAUAUUUUGUAUGCUUCUAUGGUGAAGCGACUUUCACAACUGCAAUUUUUUGAUGAUAUGAAUGUCAUUGAUAGCUCGGAAGAAUAAUACUUGUGGAAUCCUUCCGAUACGCCUAAUUAUCCAGUAUAGAGGAACAUGUUGAAAAAAAUAAAAAUCAAAAUAACCCAAACAAA